AACGCCUCCUGGGUGGAGGAGCUCCCUGCCUGCCUGAACACGCUCCUGGUGCGAGGGCGGCAGGUCCUGGCAGGCGGCAGAAGCACCGAUGGAGCCACGGUGGCAGUACCAGUUCCGAGUAAUCAUGCUGGGGGACUCGACAGUGGGGAAAUCCUCGCUGCUGCGGCGCUACACCGAAGGUGCCUUCCUGGACACUGUCAACCAGACGGUGGGGGUGGACUUCUACGUCCAAUUCGUGGAGCUGGAGCCAGGGCUGCAAGUGAAGCUGCAGUUCUGGGACACAGCCGGGCAGGAGAGGUUCAGGUCUGUGACUCGCUCCUACUACCGCAACUCAGCCGGGGGGAUGCUGCUUUUCGACAUCACCAACCGCACAUCCUUUGAGAGCAUCCGGCAAUGGCACCAGGAGGUGACUGACACCAUCCAACCCUUCCGCAUGGUCUUCCUGCUGGUGGGGCACAAGAGUGACCUGGCUGGGCAGCGCCGGGUGGGCCAGAGGGAGGCGGAGAAGUUGGCGGCCUCACUGGGUGUCCAGUACGUGGAGACCUCAGCCAAAGAUGCUUCCAAUGUAGUCCAGGCCUUUCAGAUGCUGACAGUUGCCAUUUACCAAGCGCUGCAGACGGGGCGGUUGGUGGCCACUGAGGCAUGGGAUGGGGUGAAGAGCAGCAUCCCACUGCCAGUGCUGCCCAAGGCUCAGGCACAGGAGAAGGAGGAGAAGCAGAAGAGAUGCUCGUGCUAG